GACAGGACGUCCUCCCUUUGUCAAGUGGGCGAAAGCCAGAUACCAGUGGCCCCCCGGGUUUCCCGUCCCAGGGGGACAAGGCCUCUGUCCAGCUGUGCCAGGCUUCGGUGGGGAGACCCCUGUCUGGAGCCAGACCACGGCCAAGGGCAGGAACCGGCCUACUGGCUGGGCACCGAGCACCCGUGCCCCGUGCCCGCCAAUGCAGCCCAGCCCCUGGAGAGGCAGGCCCUCGGCACGCCCAUGUGGGCCGGUGGUGUGGGGAGCCCUCGGCGGGGCGCGGCCCCGGCGUCCACCGAUGACCUCUUCGCCCGUAAGCUGCGCCAGCCGUCGAGGCCCCCACUGACACCUCACACCUUCGAGCCUAGGACGCCACGGGGCCCGCUCCUACGCACUGGCAGCGAUGCAGGUGAAGCCCGGCCCCCCACGCCCGCCAGCCCACGCGCCCGGGCCCACAGCCACGAGGAGGCCAGCCGGCCUGCUGCCACCCCCACCCGGCUCUUUACGGACCCGCUGGCCCUGCUGGGGCUGCCGGCUGAGGAGCCGGAGCCCACCUUCCCGCCGGUGCCCGAGCCCCGCUGGUUCGCCCACUAUGAUGUGCAGAGCCUUCUCUUUGACUGGGCCCCGAGGCCAAGGGGUGCUGGGGCCCACGCUGAGACCAGCUCAGCCACCCCAGCUGAGGGCCAGCCUGGCAGCUCGGACCUGCUGCUUGGGGCACCCGGGUUUGUGAGUGAGCUGGGGGGCGAGGGUGAGCUGGGCCUGGGUGGCCAAGUGUCCCCUCCUGUGCCCCCCGCACUGCCCAACGCGGCCGUGUCAGUGCUGGAGGAGCCUCAGAACCGAACCUCGGCCUACAGCCUGGAGCAUGCAGACCUGGGCGCUGGGUACUACCGCAAGUACUUCUACGGCAAAGAACACCAGAACUUCUUCGGACUGGACGAGGCGUUGGGUCCCGUGGCGGUGAGCCUGCGGCGGGAGGAGAAGGAGGGCAGCAGCGGGGGCACCUUGCACAGCUACCGCAUCAUCGUGAGGACCACACAGCUCCGGACUCUUCGCGGCACCAUCUCAGAGGACGUUCUGCCGCCAGGACCCCCGCGAGGCCUGUCUCCCAGGAAGCUUCUGGAGCACGUGGCGCCGCGCCUGAGCCCCUCCUGCCUGCGCCUGGGCUCGGCGUCUCCGAAGGUGCCACGCACGCUGCUCACGCUGGACGAGCAGGUGCUGAGUUUCCAGCGCAAGGUGGGCAUCCUGUACUGCCGGGCAGGCCAGGGCUCGGAGGAGGAGAUGUACAACAACCAGGACUCGGGACCGGCCUUCACGCAGUUCCUCACCCUGCUGGGCGACGUGGUGCGGCUCAAAGGCUUUGAGAGCUACCGGGCCCAGCUCGACACCAAGACGGACUCCACCGGCACGCACUCCCUCUACACCACCUACCAGGACCACGAGAUCAUGUUCCACGUGUCCACCAUGCUGCCCUACACCCCCAAUAACCAGCAGCAGCUCCUGCGGAAGCGCCACAUCGGCAACGACAUCGUGACCAUCGUGUUCCAGGAGCCAGGCAGCCAGGCCUUCUGCCCCAGCACCAUCCGCUCGCACUUCCAGCACGUCUUCCUGGUGGUGCGCGCCCACGCGCCCUGCACCCCGCACACCAGCUACAGGGUGGCCGUGAGCCGCACCCAGGACACCCCCGCCUUCGGGCCGGCCCUGCCCCCCGGCGGGGGCCCCUUCGCCGCCAACGCCGACUUCCGCGCCUUCCUGCUGGCCAAGGCGCUCAACGGCGAGCAGGCGGCCGGCCACGCGCGCCAGUUCCACGCCAUGGCCACGCGCACGCGCCAGCAGUACCUGCAGGACCUGGCCACCAACGAGGUGACCACCACGUCGCUGGACUCCGCGUCGCGCUUCGGCCUGCCGUCACUGGGCGGGAGGCGGCGCGCCCCGGCGCGGGGCCCGGGCGCGGAGCUGCAGGCGGCGGGCGCGCUGGUGUGGGGCGUGCGCGCGGCGGCCGGGGCGCGGGGCGCGGGGGGCGCGGGCGCGGGGGGCCCCGACGGCGCGGAGGUCGCCUGCCUGCUGGGCGUGUCGGCGGAGGCGCUGGUGCUGGUGGCGCCGCGGGACGGCCGCGUGGUCUUCAACUGCACCUGCCGCGACGUGCUGGCCUGGACCUUCUCGGAGCACCGGCUGGACCUCUUCCACGGCCGCGGCGAGGCCAUCACGCUGCGGCUCGACGGGCCUCCGGGCCAGGCGGUGGGCGAGCUGGUGGCGCGGCUGCAGCUGGUGAGCCGCGGCUGCGAGACCCGGGAGCUGGCGCUGCCCCGCGAUGGCCAGGGCCGCCUGGGCUUCGAGGUGGACGCCGAGGGCUUCAUCACGCACGUGGAGCGCUUCACCUUCGCCGAGACCGCGGGACUGCGGCCCGGGGCGCGCCUGCUGCGGGUGUGCGGCCACACGCUGCCCAGCCUGGGCCCCGAGGCCGCCGCCCAGCUGCUGCGCUCCGCGCCCAAGGUCUGCGUCACCGUGUUGCCCCCCGACGACAGCGGCCGGCCGCGCAGGAGCUUUUCGGAGCUGUACACGCUGUCUCUGCAGGAGCCCGGCCGGCGGGGGGCCCCAGAGCUGCAGAACGAGGGCCCGGGGGUGACCCUGCUGCCCAGCACCCAGCAGCUGCUGCACGUGUGUCUGCAGGACGGCGGCCCCCCGGGGCCUGGGGACCUGGCGGAGGAGAGGACGGAGUUCCUGCACAGCUGCGGCUCACCCUCCCCCCGCAGCUCCCUGUCAGAUGAGGCCCCGGUCCUGCCCAACGCCACCCCUGACCUCCUCCUGGCCGCCACGGCUGCCCCCGGCGACGGCAGGGAAGCACAGCCCAAGCAGGACGGCCGCGAGGACAGCCAGACUCCCGCCCCAGAGCUGAGGGCCUCCUUCCUGCCUCGGACUCUGUCUCUGCGGAACUCCAUCAGCAAAAUCAUAUCAGAGGCCGGCAGCGAGACCCUGGAGGACGAGUGGCAGUCCAUCUCCGAGAUCGCCUCCACCUGCAACACCAUCCUGGAGUCGCUGUCCCGGGAGGGACAGCCCAUCCCAGACAGCGGGGAUGCCAAGGAGGCUCAGAAGCCUGAUGCUGAGCCGGAACCUGGGAGCCUGUCGGAGAAGGUCUCCCACCUGGAGGGCAUGCUCAGGAGGCUGCAGGACGACCUGCAGAAGGAGAAGGCAGACCGGGCGGCCCUGGAGGAGGAGGUGCGGAGCCUGCGGCAUAACAACCGGCGGCUGCUGGCUGAGUCGGAGAGUGCCGCCACCCGCCUGCUCCUGGCAUCCAAGCAACUGGGCCCCCCAGCCCCCGACCAGGCCUGAGCCUCCUGUGCAGCCCCCCCCCCCCAGCCACCUCAGGAACUGUCCCUGCGCCCCGGCCCAUCUCAGCACCGCCCCCACCCGCCCCACACCCUUUGUACAUACUCUGCCGAGGGCAGGGGACUUCAGGGAGUAAAGGGGCCACUGCCACGCGUC